UCGAGUGUAAGGCUUGAAUUGGGCACAAGAGACCGAAGAGGCUUAUCUUGUUGUUUCAUCUCGGCUCAAAAGUCGGUCCUAAACUCUCCUCCUCUUUGGAUCUAGAUCCUUUCUGCAGCUCAGAUCGGACUGUGACCACCUGCUACAAACUCUGUCCUUUUUGAAGAGAUAGAUCCAUGUUGCAUUCAGCUGCAUCGUUUUCUGUGUACGCUACAGGAGAGGGAGAGAAAGAUGGAGCGAUAGCAAGAGAAAUAAUGUUGGAAUAUGGUGGUGGUGGGGGUGGUGAUGAUGGCGGUGUGGAGAGAUCUGUGACAACAAGUGGAGACAGAAGAAGAGAAGCAUUAGCAAGUUUCGAUUCUGGUGAAUUCAGCUUUGGGAAGAAUAAUGCCAUGGAUUUGUUACUUGAGGAAGACGAAGAAGCAUUUGGCCAUGGACAAAGUGAUGUCGACAUUGAGGAAUAUUUCAAGAAGAUGGUGACCCAAAAUCCUUCUAAUGCUCUUUUCCUAAGAAAUUAUGCCCAUCUUUUGCAGUCAAAGGGAGAAUUAGAAAGAGCAGAGGAAUAUUACUUGAAGGCUACAAUAGCUGAUCCUGAAGACGGUGAAAUCCUAUUACUUUAUGCUAAACUUAUUUGGGAACUCCAUCAUGACUACAAAAUUGCAUCAGAUUACUUUCAUCGUGCUGCUCUAGCUGCUCCAAAUGAUAGCAAUAUUCUGGCAGAGUUUGCUCGUUUUCUUUGGGAAGCAGGAGAAGAAAGUGAAGAUGAUGAGGAUGAGCCCUCACAAUUACCUUUAGCAGCACCAGCACCACCAGCACCAGAAUCUGAAGAAUACUUUGAAAUGGCAAUUCAAACCAACCCAAAUGACAGUAAUACACUGGCAGCCUAUGCUAGAUUCCUGUGGGAAACCGACUGCCAAGAUGAGAUUACUUCAAAGUAACCAGAAGAAGAAGAACAACAACAACAACAACAGGACCUGCAGCCAACAUAUAUCAUCCACAAAUAAAGGGAUUUCUUUCAAUAAAAUUGUAAUCAAUUAUGUAAACUCUGGGAUAUGUUUUAUCAAAAAAAAAAAGAAAGAAAGAAAAACCACAAACAAAAUUUGUUCUAAU